AUGCGUCCUCGCUCGGUUGCUCUCUUCGCAGCUUGCAUUCCUCUCGGCUUCUGCAAUGCCAACGACCCUGCACCUCGAUGCGCUGUCAACUGUGCUUCCAACAUCAGGAACGACAAAGGAGCACUCGAUCUCAAAGUCAUUUGCGGAGACAAGCUCAUGACAAAUGCUCUCUUCCAAUGUCUCAUCACCUCAUGCCCCCAUGAUGCCUACAGCCCGGCCGUUGCCCAUGUCAUCCUGGCAUGCUCCGACCUGGGCACCGCCAUUGGACCGCUGUAUCCCGUCGAGGUCCAGCAUGCCAACCUUGUCAAGGCUCAGGAUCUGCUCGCACCGUCGAUGCCCGCUGCGUACAGCACGCCGAGCGUUCCAUCACCACAAAGCCCUGAGCAUUUGACCUUGUCCUUUGACAUCUCGGUUGAAUUGAAGUGCAACUCCGGAUCUGACGGUUUAGUCACCGUGUCUCUGCCUCUGCCUAACCCGCCUUUGUCGACUGCUUUUCCUCCUUCACCGUCUCCAGCCCCUAACUCAGACCCUAGUGAGGGGGAGGGCGAUGGCCAAGGCGAUAUUGGCGGUGGCAAUGACGAGAGCGAUGGUGAGCGAAACAAUGGCGGAAAUGGCAACGGCAAUGGCGACAACGGCAAUGGCGACAACGGCAAUGGCGAGGGAGACUGCGGGAACAGCAACGACGACAACGGGGAUGGCGGUGACGGUGACGACGCUUCAUCUCCUCCUCCCAAUGCGACACAAGCAUCAUCUGAUCCGAGUGCCACCUCUUCAAGCCAGCCAGACUCUGCAUCACCAAGCGCUCAGGAUCCUGCCGACGGUCAGGCACCCUCAUCUUCAAGUGAAGGCGAGACUAACCGUGACCCGGCCGCAACAUCUGCGCCCUCGGCAUCCCCUGGUGGCGGCGAUCCUGCGUUUCCAGCCUCAUCAUCCAUGACUUCUCCAGCCUUGUCAUCCCCGGCUUCUCCAGCCUCAUCACCAUCUUCGGCUCUGCCAGCCUCCCCAUCUUCCUUGGCUUCCCCAGCCGCUCCAGCUUCUCCAGCUUCUCCAGCUUCUCCAGCUUCUCCAGCUUCUCCAGCUUCUCCAGCUUCUCCAGCUUCUCCAGCUUCUCCAGCCGCUCCAGCUUCUCCUGCUUCAACAUCUCCAUGCGCAACAGCUUCUCCAGCGACUGGGGGCUUGGAUCCUCAGGAUCCCAACCAGUCUGAUCCCUCCCGUGGCUCCGUUGGUGAAGGCGAGGGGCCUCAAGCCCCAGCGACCUCUCCAGCCCUUCCUCCGGCACCUGCUUCCUCAACGUUGGCUGCCCCAUCCAGCACUUGUUCGACAGCAGACGGCACGAACGUGUCUGUUGAUCCGGUUUCAGGUCCCCAGGUGUCCCAAUCUGCACGACCCACAAGUGCACCUCGGCCGUCUUCUCAAUCUCCUUCACCAGCUCCUGCACCAGCCCCAUCGCCAGUCCCGUCGUCAUCAGAUGACACAUCGGAUCCGUCAAGCGGCGGACCUCCGCAAUAUUCGUCGGGUUCUGACUUCGAGACGAGCCUGCCCGAGCCGAGCGCACAACCGCUUCCACAGGAGAACCAGAGCUCAGAAGCACAAGCGCCAUCGUACGGGCAAAGUGGCUUGACGAUACGAUCGCUCAACAGUCUGUCCGUCAAUGCAGCCGGGAAAACAGCAGAAGGCCAACUUCCCAGCAAGACACUCGAGCCUUCAGAAGUCACUCUUUGGCCAACCGCCAAGGGCAAUCGGACGUCGCAAACGACAAGCGUGGCGGGACAACAUGGAUCACCAACUGCGUCGUGCGAGUCUGAUGGCAAGGAGACAGUGACCACAGCGCACACACCAAGGGCCAAUCUCAUCUUCCCCUCCGAUACCCUGAGAGAUGCCUCGCCGGUCGCCGAUGGUCAACAGCAUGACUCCCUGAGCUCUGUCACGGUCAAGGUUGUUCGUUCCGGGGAGACAAUUGCCGAGACACUGCUCAUGACCGUCUUGGACACGAUCCCUUUGGCUACAGCAGCACCCGCGACGACUAUCAGCAACGAGUCUGCGAGCAACGACUCUCCGACCCCGAGCGGCAUCGCGACGACGACGGCCACGUCGGACAUCACUCCUGUUCAGUCUGGUGAAGCGGUGAAGCAGUCUUCGGCUCCCCACGUGGCGCUGGUCAAUGGCGUUUCGAGAACAACACCUCACCUGUUCACCAUUGCGCUUCUCAUCAUCCUUGUUGGCGGAAUGUUGUUGAAUUGA